CUCUUCUGAUUCUUUUGUGAACUUUGUUUUGAAAACACCCUUGGAGAACAUUGAUUGUAAUAAACUACUGUAGAAGGCUGUAACACAAUGGAACAACAACAAGGACUUCAAGAAAGUUGCAAUCAUGUAAAAUGGGCUGUCAUAGCAGUGUUUCUUUCUGGAUGCAUCCUAGCAGCAUACAGAGUAAUUGAAUAUAAGACAAUAAUAUCUCCCAAUGGACAAGGACAAAGUAUAGGUGACUCUCCCAAUGAACAAGGACAAAGUAUAGGUGACUCUAAUCACAAAGAACUGCAAUGGUGGGAUCACAAGGGAAAAUCAUAUUAUUUUGAAAAUUCUGACAGAAAAGGAUGGGCUUAUGCUGACAUGUUUUGCAAAAAGAGAGGUUCAAACCUCACUAUAAUUAAGAAAAAUGAGGAAAUGAACUUCAUAUUGGAUCAUAUUGUGCUUCAUACUUGGACUGGAGUGAAAAAAAAGAAUGAAAAAUGGAUUUGGAUCGAUGGGACAGCCUUAGGAAGAGAAAUAUUUGCUGAUGUUGAACAACAGAAGAAUGGGCAUGAUUGUGGUAGUAUAAUGAAAGGUGGUAUAUUGUUAGCAGCACCUUGUAAAACUCCUAAUUACUGGAUCUGUGAAAAGUUUACUGUGCAGAAGUGAUAUACUGUAUACUGUAGAUCUCUUAAACAUA